GUAGUAUCUUUUGAUUCAUUGCGAUUUCUUAGUUCACGGAUAAGUUAAAAAAGUGGUUUUAAAAAAAGCAUUCAGAGAACAGAACAAAUUCAUUUGCACGAGGCAAUUUAUGCAAAGAAAUUUAACGUUAUCGAAUAAUUAUUGAUAACUGAACAAUGAGUAAGAGGAACGAAUAAACAGAUAAAAGUCACUCUUUUUUUAAAUAAAAUAACUCAAAAAUUAAAUUUGACAAUAAUUUUCGCUCCUGUACCAGAAAAUCUAAGGACAACCGGCUACCAUUACAGGUUUACCUAAGUACUCGUUCAGGAGCACAUGUUUUAACUCGAGCAGGACCUCAUGGCUUACCCGUUGAUUACGUUUUGUUUCGUCGUUACAUCACCAUUUGCCUAGACGUUCUUCCUACAAAUUUAUGUAGUUGGUUGUUGGAAUGUUUCCUUCUUGAUCUAAAGUUCAACUCAAGAUUGUAUGCAGUUGCACCUAAAUUCCACAUUCUUUCUAAAGAUCCAGUUUUUAAUGACCACCUUGCAUCGAAAUUAAUCUCUGGAUCUAUCAUUCAAAAAAGAGAGAUAUCAAAAUUCACUGAGACUGGUGUAAUUUUCGAAGGUGAAACAUCCAUCACUGAAGCUGAUGCAGUUAUAAUAGGAACUGGUUACACUUGGAAAUUGCCUUUCCUUGAAAAAGAUAUCCGUACAGAUUUGGAAAACCAGAUUAAUUUAUACAAGUGUAUAUGGCCUCCUAAUUUAAAGCAUUCCACUCUGGCCUUUGCAGGUUUCUUUUUACCAUUUGGUCCAGGUUUUCCAAUAGGGGAGUUACAAUGCCGAUUUAUAGCUCAAGUGCUCGCCGGAAACGUGAAAUUACCUAGUAAGAAAGAAAUGUUAGAGGAUAUUACAAAAAGGAAUGAAGACAAUGAACACAGGUAUGGGCCAAGUGAUAAACAAAACAUCCAUGUUGAUUACGUGCAAUAUAAAGACGAACUUGCUGAACAAAUAGGUGCAAAGCCAAACCUUUGGAAAAUAUUAUUUACAGAUCCUCAACUUUGGUUAAAAUUAGUAUUUGGUCCUUGCGUCCCAUAUCAGUUUAGAUUACAAGGACCGCAUCCAUGGGCAGGUGCGAGAGAAGCUAUUAUGACGUGUGAUGAAAGAGUAAUUUAUCCCUUAAAUGGAAAAGAAAUAGAAAGACUGGAAUCGCCACUUGUUCUAUACGUAAAGAAAUUUUUAUACUUUUUAUUGCCAAUGGCUUAGCAAAAUUCUUUUGUAAGAUAGUAAAGCCUAAAAAGAAAAUUUACCUAACGUAAAAAAUUUUACUUUAAUUAUUUGACACUUAAGCAAGAAAUAGGAUCAAUCAUUAAAAAUGUUUUCUUUUUACAUUAUUUCAAUAAUCUAUUGAGGCGCUGUUUAAAAAUUAUCACCUAUUGAAGUAGCAAUAACAAAGUUAAGUUGUCUACAAGACAAGACAAGUAAAGACAAUUCAAUAAUUCUCUGGAAAAUUUUGCUGAUAGCAAAUUUCUUACUUUAUUCAAUUAUAUUUUACUUUAUUUUCACAUGCUUUUUUUUUACUGAUAUUUAUAAUUUUUUUAAUGAAGCAGUGUGAUUUGAUGUCACUGUUACUAAAAGCUUCAUUAGUAAGCAAAUUUAAAUAAUAUAUAAAAUUUCAAUAUUCUUUUAAUAUUUCAAUAUUCUUUAUGUUUACUAAAUAUUAUGAAGAACCAUUAUGUAUUUUUUGUUUUACAUAAAAAAUUUUACAAUUUUUAAAUAAAGGCAGUCUACAUAGCUUUAGCAAAA